AUAGCUGAAGCAGAAGAAACAAAUAAAAUUACUAAAUUAGGAUGAAAUGUAGAAAGAAUUAAACUAAAACAUUAAAUAAUAAUGUCUUUAAUCAACAAAUAUGUGUUCUUAAUAGUCGUUUUGAUUUCUGAAGUGAUACCAAUACAAUUGGAUCGUCAUGAUGGAGAAAUAAUAGAAGAUCAACUACCAACAUCGCAGUUGAAUAAGUGUUUAAGUGUUAAACGAGGUGCAGAAGUAGGUGUGUGUUUUGGUGAAGAGUUAUUAGCUAAUUUGAAUCAUUAUGAUGAAACAGAAUCAUUCAGUUUGGCGACUGGAGUUUCUUUCCUCCGUGAUGAAAAGACACCAAGAGGUUUGGGAAACUUUUUAGACAAGGAUCCUCUGGAUUAUAGAUCGAUAAUGGAAGACGCGAGCGAAUUAAUAUCAAAGAGAUCGUUACAUUGGGACAUGAGUGGUCUAUGUCCGGGACUUGCAAUGAGAAUUGGACCAACUUUAUCUAACGGAGUACUCGAAUUUGUAUUAGAUCCGAGAAUUAAAGAUAGAGGGUAUCAAAAUCAUGGGGAAUUAACGACAGGUCGUCUAUUGGUACGGAAUCUACUAGUCCCAUUUCUUCUUGGUCUUAAAUUUCACAUUGCAACUUUGCUACCAUUAUUAUUGGGUUUGGUACUUCUAGCGAGUAAGAAGGCUUUUCUUAUCGCUAAAAUAGCACUGGCUGCUGCAACUUUAUUCUCUGUGAAUGGUUACGGUGGUCAAUAUUUCUCCGGAUUUGGGACAACACCGUCUCCUACAUUUACUUCACAAGAAGACUUCGGACAUUACCAUUCUUAUCCUGGAGGUUACUACCAUAGAAGACAGUAUAAAGAGAAAUCAGCAGAACAGACAACAGCAUCACCGAUAACUCCUGAUGAAUUAAGAGAUAGAUUGGAACGAUUGUUUACAUCUAAGAAGGGUAUUGAUGAUAAAAGAGAGGAAACGAAAGUUCGCAAUGCAAGGAAUUACGCUUGGACACCAAUUAAUAUUCGACAUAAUUGAAAUUAAUUUUUAUCUAACUCUUUGAUGAAUUUUUAAAUUAUUUUUGUCUAUUAUUGUUAAAAUUACUAGUCAUGGUAUUUUUCUUCUUCUUUCUUUUAAAGAGUUGUAACUUAAAAUAUUGAAACUAAAGCCCAUAUUGUAUACUUAACACAACUUAUUAUGAGUUAAAAAAUUUAUUAAAUAGGUCUGAGUUUAUCCAUAAAAUAAUUAAUAAGCAUUUCCCUUUAAGGUCAGGUCUGUUUUUAAUUGUAUUCGUUUUUAAAUUCUAUUUCAUU